CGCUUGCCUUUGAGCUUCGGAGCCGGAAGUGAUUGGCGGCCUGUGUCCAGGGUCUGGAAUUCGCGGACUCUACAAGAUCCCGAAGCCCCGUGGCCGGCCCCAGUAACGAGUUCCGAACCUCAGCAGUACCGGCACCAUGAUCCUGCUGGAGAUCAACAACCGUAUUGUGGAGGAGACGCUCACCCUGAAACUGGAGAACGCUCUGGCCGGCAAUAAACCGGACACAGUGGAGGUCACUUUUGCAGAUUUCGAUGGAGUUCUCUACCACAUUUCCAACCCAAACGGGGACAAGACUAAGGUGAUGGUCAGCAUCGCCCUGAAGUUCUACAAGGAGCUGCAGGAUCAUGGGGCAGAUGAGUUACUGAAGCGAGUAUAUGGCUCUUACCUUGUCCCUCCUGAACCAGGGUACAACGUAUCUCUGCUGUUCGACCUGGAGAACAUCCCUUCAAACAAGGCAGAGCUGAUCCACCAGGCCGGCAUGCUGAAGAGGAACUGUUUUGCCUCGGUCUUCGAGAAAUACUUUAACUUCCAGGCAGAGGGCAAGGAGGGAGAGAAGCGUGCCCUGAUUCAUUACCGUGACGACGAGACCCUCUACGUGGAAGCCAAAAAGGACCGAGUGACGGUGGUCUUCAGCACGGUUUUCAAGGAUGAUGACGACGUUGUGAUUGGAAAGGUCUUUAUGCAGGAGUUCAAGGAGGGUCGGAGGGCAAGCCACACUGCCCCCCAGGUUCUGUUCAGCCACCGGGAACCUCCCCUGGAACUGAAGGAUACCAAUGCAGCUGUGGGUGACAACAUCGGCUAUAUCACCUUCGUCCUGUUCCCUCGACACACCAACCCCAGCACCCGUGAUAACACCAUCAAUCUGAUUCAUACCUUCAGGGAUUACCUGCAUUACCACAUCAAGUGCUCCAAGGCUUACAUCCACACCCGUAUGAGGGCCAAGACAUCAGACUUCCUCAAGGUGCUGAACCGUGCACGCCCUGAGAGUGAGAAGAAGGAAAUGAAGACUAUGUCGGGGAAGACUUUUACCGCCCGAUAAUAAACCUGGCGGCCACGGAUGGAUGGGGAGAGCCCAAAAGCCUCCCCAAUCCCUCCCCCAUAAACACACGUAAAGAAUCAUCGCCGUGGUCAGCAGGACCUUCCCAGUGCAUUCCCAGAAAUAUUCCCCACCUGCUGUCAUUUUCCAAGCUUCCCUUGUGUUGAAUUCCUACUUCCUGGGAACCUUCCCAAUGGAAAUAAAAGCCCUUUUACCUCUCCAAUCCCUGUCCUUAACAUUUCGCUGUUGCUUUCCAUGGCCUGUAAUACAUCGAUUCAGUAUGUUCCUCCCAAUCCCUGCCCUCGAACUAUGCCACUGCGCUGUCGGAGACAGUAGCGCUUCCAGAAAAAUAAAGUUUUUAUAUGUCA